GAAGCAUGUUUGUCAAAAUUUUUAAAUCAUUUGUGGUAUUUGAAUGAAGAAUGCGUAGUGUUCGGUAUAUUCGAUGAAAGAAUUUCAAUAGAAACCCGAAAAAAAAUGGCCAGUAAGCUCAUUGAAUAUAAAGAAUUUACUCCGGAAGUGGAAGGAGAAUUUUCCCAGGAUAUAUUAUCAGGACAAAAAAAGUUUUCCUUAAAGAUAGAAGACGUGGAUGAAUUUUUAGAUAAAGAACUACCUAUCAAUUUGUUAAGUUGGAAAUCAAAUAAAUUAUUUAAAAGAUUUAAAAUUUCUUCAGAGUACCUAAAAAUGGAUCCUAUAGAGUGGAAUAAUAAUUCUGCUUACCAGUCAGCAAAAAAAGUUAUAAGUUCGUUACAAAUUGUAAAUGACAUUGCAGAGAGAGGGGUGAAACUCAUGGAGGAUUUUAAUGAAAAGUUCACCAAAAAUGAAAACCAAAAACAAUAUUUGCUUCAAGUUAUUCAAAAAUACAGAAAAACGUAUCAAAAACAAACAAGAAUAGCUUUGAGCGCACCAUUUAUAGAUGAAAGUACCAAUACCGAUUGAAAUACACUUGUUAUUAUUUGA